CACGCUCGCACAUUGUACAUCUUUAAAAGAGCACAGAAAGAGAGAAAAAAAGUGCGCGGGCCAAGACUACAAAAUAAUCUCAUCGAAUACCGGCUGAUACAAAACAAAACCGGAAUCAAUUUUAUUUUUUUAUCAAAAAAAGAGAAAAGUACAAGCACGCAUAAGAGAUCAACGAAAAAAAAAAAAAACAACCACAACACCAACACCACCCAUGACUGAUAGUGUGACCAAAAACCGAAUUGUGAUGCCCUUGUGAUCUACUUUUUACGAAAACGCGACUAUUUCGAAAAAAGUCGAAUGUGAUCAGCGAAAAGUUUGCUCCGCAAAAUUUGUCAGUAUUUAUAAUUUUUUUUUCUCUAUAUUUUAAUUUUCUCAUAAUCAGUUGUCGAAGACAUGAGUGAUAAAAAAGUGAAACUAAAAACGAAAAAUGUGAUAACGCGUUUUUGAAUAAUUCGUUUUUUCUUUAGUUCGUUUUUUUUCUUCUCGAAUAAAUCGAUAAUUGUGAUCGAAUUUCAUCAAUCCGGACUUUGUGAUAGCGAAAUUUCCGACUCAAUUUUUUUGUGAUAUAUACCUUAUAUAAUACGAAUCGACUGACUUUAUUUUUUUUGUUUAUUUAAACAUACAAUUAGAAGAAAGAGAAAACAUGUUACUAAUUAGAAGCGAAUCGACGAAAAACAGUCUAGUUCAUAUUAGAAAAUCGCUCGAAACGAGAACAAUUUUAACGUAUUUAGUGCUGGCUCUGCUCAUACCGUACACGAUAACGGAAAAACACCGAUCGAAUACGAUAUUGAAGAGGCGAAGCCCCGAACCGGGGGCUUCAGAAGAACCCCGUCGAACGGCCGGUUGUCACAGUUGCAGGAUGCGAGAAGAAAUCAAACAGAGAAAUUUGCUCGUCAUCAAGGACGAAAUCCUGAGGCGGAUCGGUUUCGAGAAGGCGCCCAACAUCACCGGAAAACCGUUACCCCAAAUUCCCUCGGAGCUUUUCAUGAAAAUCGAAGAGGAAAACGGCGGCAUGCAAAGCGAUCAACCGGCUUUCCAAAGCGGUUACACCGUCACCGAGGAGGAGGAUGAUUAUCACGUCAGGACGGAGAAAAUUUUAGCUUUCGCCCAACCAUAUCCAAGACUGAGGCAUAAAGGCCGCGACAUCCUCCACUUCUCCUUCACCGAUAGUAUUACCAAAUACCACGUCAGCAACGCGACGCUCUUCGUCUUCAUCAAAGGAUCGGACAGGCGACCGCCCCAGGACGUCCUCAUCGAACUGUUUAAAGUGAAGAAAAUCACCGAUCAUUCGGAAUCGACCGCCUUCGAUUUGGUCUUCACCAAGAAGAUCCAUCAGCCGGGCGGUAGGGGCGAAUGGGUGCAAAUCGAUCUCACCGAAACCGUCUCCGAAUGGUUCAAGAGUCCCAAAGACAACCACGGUUUCCUGGUGAACGCCACCGUCAACGGAAAGAAGGUAUCCAUCACCGAUAUCAACGUAGAUAAAGGGAAAAAGGUACCCUUCGUCGAAAUAGCUACGGUGGAAGCGAAAAGACGAACGCGUCGCAGCAUCGGUUUGAAUUGCGAUGAAGACUCGAACGAGACGAUUUGCUGCAGGUACCCGUUGAUUGUCGAUUUCGAAGCCAUCGGAUUGGAUUUCAUAAUAGCUCCGAAGCGUUACGAUGCCUUCAUGUGUGCCGGUGAAUGUCCCUACGUGACGAUGCAAAGAUUCCCUCAUACUCAUUUAAAACAGGUGGCGAAACCGGCCAGUCAGCCGCCCUGUUGCACGCCGAGAAAAUUGGGCAGCAUCUCCAUGUUGUAUUUCGACAGCCAUCUGAACGUGGUGUAUGGAUCGUUGCCCGGUAUGGUGGUGGAGAGAUGCGGCUGUUUGUAAUUAUUGUAUCUGUUAAAAUGUGCUGUGAAUUGUUGUGGUGUCAAUGGUGUCUUCGGUGCGGUUUGUAUGAAUGUGGGGGAUUUUUUAAAGUUUUUCGUUUUGAACAAAACAAAAAUUGUUGGAUUGAUUUCGAUGGUUUAGUUUAGACCAUUUUAGUCUGAUGAAGGGAUUGAACGGUAAACGAAGCGGUUUACAGGAGAUAUCGAAGUUUCUAUUGAUGAUGUGACAAAAAUAAAAUAACGGUGUCCUUUUAACAGAGCUUUAACAACAUUCAAAUUCCCUACAUAAUCUGUUCAUUAUGGAUAUACCGAUUUAAUUAAAAAUAAUUAAUAGAAUUUAUAAAAAUUGAUACAAUUUAUCAGUAUUUCUGACACAUGGUAACGAAAAUAACCGAAUUGCUUUAUCGUUGUUUUAAAAAAAAAUUUAUAAAUUUAUCGUGAAUGUAAUUUAUUUGAAAAUUGUUACCAGGUAGUCGCUAUGAUCUCCUAAUUAUGUAAUUAAUAAGAUUUAAUUACUGAACGAUACGAAUAAUUCGAUUCUUCUGUAACACGAUUCGUUAGAAAUUACUAUAUUAUCAAAUGAAAGAAAAAUGUGUAAAUUUAGUGCCAUCCGCCUUCCAUAUUUUAUAUAUAUAUAAAGUAAUUUAUUUUCAUUUCAUGGGACGCAUAUAAAAAUUCCUAUUCUCGAAUAUAAUGCAGUGUAUUUAUAAAAAAAAAAUCUACUAUAAUAAUUUCAUACAUUGAUUCGACAAGUAUUAGUACCUAUCUCUCUUUUCCUUGGUAUUUUUUUUAUAAAAUGCACUGUGUAUAUAUGUAAAAAAUAAUUAUAUCAAUGUAAAUACCUACGUUAUUUUUGAAUGACGCCAUCAUUUUUAGUCGUAUAGAUAAAUAAUUAGUUGAAUUUUUUUGACAAAAUUUUUAAUUUUUUUUAAAUUCACUCUACUGAUUAAAAUGUUAUUUAUUUUACUUCCGUUGACCACAAGAGUCUACAUUGAAAAUGUAGACACGUUGUGAUAGGUAGAUCUGCAGUAGUUUUAGCGCGUUAAUUGCCAGAUAAUAAAAAAAAUUAUUGGUCAUCUGAAUUAAUUGACGGUGAAUUUUUCCCGACUUACUCUGUAUAUAAUUUUUGUAUAGAUUUAUGUGAUAUGUUUAGAUAUGUAAGGAACCUUAUAUUUAUUUUUGUAGUAACUUAAAAUAAAAAAAAGACCAGUAAAAUCUAUAUUUUAAGAAAACUUUGCACAAAAGCGUCAAUCAAAAAAAAAAAUGCUUCUUUGUGAUAAACUGCCUUAAAACUAUUUUUGGAUGGUAGAUACAUAUGUUAAAAUAUUUUAGUUCAAAUUUUUGGUAGUUGAUUUUUUUUCUCUACAAUAAUAUUAAAUGAAAGCUCUGCUCCCGGAGACGGGAGAGAGCGUUUAUUUAAAAAAAAAAUCGGAUCAAUUUAUUGUAAAUAUGUUUGUAAAAAAAUAUGUAAUAAUAGAUCUCGUGAAUAUAAAAAACAAAUUGUGUGGUUUGUAAACAAUCCAUUAUUUUGUAUAGUUUUUACUUGUAUAUAAAGGAGACGUUCAGGAAAUUAAUUUAACUAAUAUUUAGUUUAUUUUCUGAUGUUCUAUUUUCUUUUUAAGAAUAUUGACGAUUUUUCUAUGUGUUUUUGCUUUUUGUAUGUGAAUUAGAUUUUGCUAAAUAAAAAAAUCUUCAACAUUAUCUGAUGCCUUUUUAUUAUAUCUACGAGUUUUAAGAAUAUUGAAAUAUCAAAAAAAAAGUUCCUCAAUACACCCCGAAAUGAAUACCUAAAUAAAUCUAAAUUUGAAUUAUUUUAUAAAGUAGAUACGUAGGUAUAUGUAAAUAAAAAAAAAUAUUAUAGAUAUUUACCUACGGGUGAUUUUUCACGUUUAUAAAUUUAUAGGGAUAUAAAUUAAUCGUUGGCGCCAACCUUUCAGUGUGAUAAUUUCGGAAUUACCUGGUAAUGACUUCCCUAUCGUCGAAACAUGCUCUAUCGUAAAAUCGAAAUUGAACCUAUUAAAAUCGACAAGUACGUGAUAUUUGAGAAAAUAAAGGAAAACAAUGUCGACGUUUACGUUAGUACGUAAUUUUAUCGAAUUUUAUAAUGUUAAAAAAAAUAAAAAAAAAAAUAAUAAAAGCAGCCGAUCGACGACCAGGUGUGCGUAAUGAAAUAAAAUGACCAUUCGGAGAAAUAUCAAACAUUAAAAAAAAUUAAUAAAUAAUCGAAUCGCGUCCAAGUCGAGUCCCGAAUUAAUUGGAACAAUAAAAAAGGUUCCG